AUGGAGAUAGAUCCUACACCUUUGGGCCAUUUUGCCAGCCUCCCCGUCGAAAUACGCGAGCGCACCUGGCUCAAUUUCCUGCCCUGCGGCGAGGACAGCGAGGGCGCGAAACCUAGCUAUUUUCGUACAAGUAGUGCUCUCCAUUAUGAAGUAUCUAACACGCUUUACGAUGAUUCUGAAUUAGAAUUCGAACUCAUGCCGUGCCCUGAUGCGUGGCUACGAGUUACCUUCAUAACAGAACACUACCUCCUAGCAACGGCCCUCACGGCGACAUGGGUUAUUAAAGACAUGGAAAAUGCACACACGCGAGGCUUCCCGCAUUUACUAGUUCAUAUAAUCAGCGAGAUCGUCAUCAAGCUUUACGCUCCGAACUUUGACAGUGCGGCUGAGGUAUUCAUACUCUUCGACAAGGUGACUAAGCUCGUAGAGCUCCUCCGUAACGCCUCUACCAUUGAUUAUUUGUGUAUAAUUUUUGAGAAGAACGGUAACCAAGAGUGGCACCACCAUUGGGAGUCUGAUGAAGAGGGGGACAUGCAGGAGCAGAGCUACCCGAUGCCAGAGGCGAAUGACUGCGACGCGAUGACGGCUCCGUUCUGCGAUCUGAGAAACGUCAAGAAUAUCUCUGUUGAGGCGCAUUCGGAGGAGUUACACAAGUUGAUCAAUUGGAGGAUUAUAAACUGGGCUACGGACGUGGUUUCUGAACGGUCGUGGGAGACCUACUUUCCUGUCUCUCCUGACCUCUGGCAGAAUGACUACACUCCCCUAGCGAGGAAUCUUCGCCGCGACAUUCUCCACCAGUGCUUCACCCACGGCUCUUCCAAGACCCAUCACCCCGCUCCCUUUGAGCGAGAAAUAAUCCUAAUAGCAACCAUCUACCCAGAUUUGAUGAAGAGCUUCGACACCAAUGUGGAUAACUUUGAAAGAACCCAGCGGGUCGUAGUCUGCUCAUACGACCAGUUCAAGCCCGGGGAGUAA